AUGAUACUCGAACUCCCGCAUAUGGACCACUCUUUGGCGUCUGUUUCACUGUUCACAUCUGUGGAGAUAAAUCAUUUUGCUGAGACGAACCGUUUUCUUUUCAGCUCUGAUGGCAGCUAUGUUCUCGUCUCUGCUGCCGCUCUUUGGUUUUCGGACUUCGUCGAGACUUUCCCUGCGGAAGUCCGUGUCAUUUGGUCGAGGCCGAUAAGAGGCCCAUCCACGCUCUUCUUCCUGAGCAGAUACAGCUUUCUCGGGUAUCUCAUUCUACCCGUGAUUGCUAGUGGACACGGAUCCGACACCGGCAAUGGUUGCUCGCUACAUGAUAUCUUACUCAGCGCAUUCGCGACUUUGGCCACUGCAUCAUCUGGAUUCAUCCUAUCUCUCAGAGUCUUCGCCAUCCACAACCGUAACAGGACCUUCCUGGCAAUUGCAGCCAUCCUGAUCAUCUCCAAGUUAUCCAUGGAUAUCAAUGUUUCACUUCAACAAGGUCACUCAAUAUCGGCGGAUCACGUUCUCUGCUCUUGCAAAAUGGCACCCUCAAAUCUGAAGCUUAACACUCGGUUUGAAGCAGCCAUUCCUCUCCUCAGCGUCGCAUUUGACAUAUUCAUAUUUGCGCUGACACAUACGAGUACUUGGAAGCAUGCACGUGAGAUGCGAAGGCUGGGACAUUCGAGCGUGGCUGAGCUGAUCUGGCGUGACGUAUCGCUCAAGCCAGCCUCACCAUGGAUUCCGAAUAUUCUGACGAAUCGCAUGGUCCUAAAUCUUCGUGCAUAUGAUUCCAGCGCUUCCCUGGGACCAACACGUUCAUCAUUGCCAGAUAUGAUCUUCUCUCCGGACUUGUGGUUGGAUAACAUAGGGUUUGAAAUGGAGGUAGAUGCCUUCGAUGAUGGAAGCGAUGAUGCUGCUGCUGAAACCCUCAUUGGAGAAGGGACAGUGCAGAGCAUGUGUAGUGGUCUCGAGCUGAAAUAUAGCCGUAAGAGCAGCGAGACUAACUGUGGGGUACUGGAAAAUACUGAAAGCUGA